AAAUUUCCGAGUUGUACAUGAAGGCAGCAGUAGUUGUCAGUGGGGAGGAUCCAAGAUGGUGAAAUUUGGGCUCCAGUUUAAAGCCACCCUGGAGAAUGUCACCAAGGUUCGACCGGAGGGGGAAGAUUUCCGCUGGUUUUUGAAGCUCAAGUGUGGGAACUGUGGCGAGAUCCCAGAUAAGUGGCAGUAUGUAACCCUGGUGGAGAGUACGCCGUUGAAAGGAGGUCGAGGCAGUGCCAGCAUGGUGCAAAAGUGUAAACUCUGCUCCAGGGAAAACUCAAUUGAUAUCCUCAGAGAUACAAUUACACCUUACAAUGCUGAGGACAAUGAACGCUUCAAGACAAUGGUACAGUUUGAGUGUCGAGGUCUGGAGCCUGUCGAUUUUCAACCACAAGCUGGUUUUGCUGCAGAAGGAGCAGAGUCUGGCACACAGUUUCCGGAAAUCAACCUAUUAGAAAAAGACUGGACGGACUACGAUGAGAAAGUCAGCGAAUCAGUGGGAGUAUAUGAAGUCACACACCAGUUCAUCAAGUGCUGACGGGCCUCAGAGACAUUAGGGUGAAAUAAACAUCCAGGAUUCUUCAGGAGCUAAUAUGGUUUGAUGCGUGAUGAUGAACAUUAACAGAAGAGAAUGAACACAAAUGUCAGAUUAAUCCAUUUGUUCCUCAAUCAAAGCUUUUUCACUGACUCAAUAAAACUCACGGGUGGCUCUUCUG